AUGCACACACAUUCCUCGGGCCCACCUGAUACUUCACCAUUCUCUGAGCCCGAAUCCGAAUUCCACCGUCGCCUACGUCAGCUUAAGUUUAAGGUUCCAAAAGUAGAAUUCAAUUUAGAACCCGAAGUAGUUAUGGGUGAUCGUAGGACUGUUGCUGAUCACAUUAGUGUAGCUCCCACCACCGUUCGCUCGAGCAUCACACUUCCUGCUGUAGAGGCGAAUAACUGGACCAUCCCACCCACCUUGAUCAACACCAUUACCCAUUCAGUCCAGUUCCAUGGUUUACGAGACGAGGACCCACAUGCUCAUCUGACUAGAUUCGGUAGGGUCUGUAGUACUUUCCGCCUUACGGGCGUCACUGAGGAGGCCAUUCAUCUUCGUUUGUUUCCAUUCUCACUCACUGAUCAGGCUGCUAUCUGGUUGGACUCCCUCCCACAGGGAGCAAUCACCACUUGGAAUGAUCUUCAGUCCAAAUUCCUUCAAAAAUACUUCCCACCUGCGAAAACCGCUCGUCUUAGAAAUCUCAUCUACGCAUUCACUGAGCAGCCUGGGGAGUCUUUCUACGAGACUUGGGAUAGGUUUAAGGCGCUGCUGAACAAGUGUCCGCACCAUGGCCUUGAGGAGUGGAGAGUCGUGGAGAAAUUCUAUAAUGGAGUUUCUGAAGCGACUAAGAGACUGCUUGAUUCCACAGCAGGAGGCAACAUGAUGAAGACCAAGACAGCUGCUGAGUGUCUUGAGAUGAUGGAGGAUCUAGCCACUAGUACUUACACCGAGCCAGGUUUUGGGGGCAUUACUGUUGCCCCUAAAGGUAUUCAUACAGUAGAUUCUAGUGUAGCCUUAGCCGCCCAGGUCGAAUCCUUGACAAAGAUGGUCAAGGACAUUCAGGUUAAGAUUAGUUCUAAGUGUGAGGUGUGUAGAGGUGGGCAUGAGACGAUAGAUUGCCCUGUAGGAUCUGAGGAGGAGUUGAGUUUUAUCCAGAACCAGGGGCGAGGCCAGGGUUACAACUCUGGAUGGCAGCCACGCCAAACCUCGAACUGGCGAGGCGGGAAUCCCCCUAGACUCCAGCCCCGCCAGAGUCUAUUUCAGACCCCUGUUGAUGGACAGAGUAGUGGAGAGCCUAAGUCUGAGCUGAGUGAGUUUUUAAAGAGGAAUGAGGAGAGCCAGAGUAGGAUGAAUAAACUCCUAGAGUCGAUAGUGAUGCAGGGUGAGGCUAGACAUCAGGAGCAGAUGAAGAAAAACCAGGAGUUUGAGUUGAUGUUUAGGAAUCAAAGGGUCCACCAUACAGAGUCUAGAGAGGACCCUAGGAGAGAUGGCUAG